CGCCUCUUUCGUGAGGCUGACCAAACAGCUCCUUAGAGCGCAGACUCCCCUCAGAUUACACGGCAUCUUCCACGACCGGCAUACCUACUCAGCUUCAUAGAGCCAACUUGUAUCACCAACUUUGUUUAAAAUAUCCGCGCACACGAUUUCGAUACAUCUCCUCAUGCGAUACUUCUCUAAAUUUUGACAUUUCUUUAUCAAAUCCCCACCUCCUACGUCUCCUCCAGGUGCCCGUCGAGGCGCGACCACACCCUCCCAUGUCAUGACGCCCGAUGCCGUUCGUCCCCGGGACCAUUCCAUCGAACUCACGGCAGACUUAGAUCUUCUCGCCGGGCUAUGGCAAGAGGCGCCAUUUGCACGUUUGCCCGCCGACGCGCCCCCUGAGCUCAAGGCCUAUGUUCAGAACGUUGAGAACCCAGCGCGAGUCUAUGCGAUCCAUCAAGCGAGUCGCCGCCAUGGAUUCCAGCUUCUCGUGGAGAGAUACAUCUUGCAACUUCGAUCAGGUUGUGAAAAUGUCAAUUGCGCAACUCCCACUUGCUUCACAUGCAGGCGCCGCUUGGCAGGCCGGGCUCCCAUCCGAAGGUAUAACACGACAAGUGCCAGGACGUUAGCGAUAUAUUUAGCAAGCCAGGACGACCCGGAGAAAGGAUUAUGUCCGUUCCUCCGUAAAUCUCGCGAACCGCCGGCGGCUUUUGGCAACUUAAUAUUCUCUACGCGAUCAUCCUCGCCUUCACAUCCGGACCAUAACAGAGCCAAUGUCGCCACCUCGCCAGGUGCACGCAAGGAACGGCUCUCUAGACCACGAGCACCUUCAUCAUCAUCCCAAGAUGCCCUCGCUUCCCCAAUGAACGACCCAAGCGACCCAGUCUCUCCGAUCCAGAAUGCAAGUAGACCAGCCGCAGCAUGCACGCCACAUUCGAAAGAUCGCGAGUUGGUCUCUCAGAUCCGUGUAAUCGAGGCGCCGAUGAGUAAAGAUCACCGCUCAUUCGCCGCGAAUCUCUUUGGGACUGUCACUUUUAAGAUGCUCGAGUGGUUGACACCGCGAAGUGUCGCUGCAAUGGCGGCAAAAAUCAGCAAUCUCGAUUCAGUGGUGGAUUUUGAUUUUCCCCAAGAUCCAGCGAGCUCAGCCAGAACCACCGCAUGCUCGGAUAUUCAAAGCACUGCUCCUGACGAGUCAGAUACAACAGAUUCGACGACCAUAGCGGUUCAACCACAUGCAACUGAUAUGAAUGAGACUUCAUUCAUGCCAAAACCGGCAAAACCCAGUAACGGGUCACUAUCAAAACCACGAAAGAAUGCUGUGCCAAAGCACAAGCGACGUUCUACUGACUCGAACAAUACCUCCAAAUCCGGGGACAAUGUAAAGUCAACUAAAGCGUCCCAGGUAAAUGGCACCUCUGUACGACCUAGACACAAUAAGAGUUUGUCUGGACGGGGCAUCCCAGAAAUGUCUUUGAAACCAGGGUUUUUCGAAAAUGUUACAAAACCUUCGGCGCAGCCUCUUUCACCUACAAGUCCAUCAACUUUGCCACAGGUCGAGCCUUUUGGUGAAAUCAGGUCCAAAGACGAUACAAACUGUGGUCAUCCCAGAAUUAAUAACUCGCAAAGGACGAGAAAUCUUGACACAGCACUACCUGACAUCUCAUCCCACAGUCUGGAAAACAUCCUGCCUCAAGCUCUCUCACAGCUCGAUGUCAAUCUCGUUGACUUCAUUUGUGACAUUUACGAAGAAGACGGCACAGCACAGUCUGUUAUAGUCUCCGCCUCCGAUGCAAGUCAUCCGUACCCACGACCCGUGAACCAGCGGAAGCCUUUGCGGCGUCGAUCUAUGUCACGCACAACUAGGUCUAGAAAACAGUGGCUACGUUUUAAUGACCAGACCCUUUUCAACGUUCUCAUGGAUCCGCAAGUUGUUGUUCAGUCCUUCACUCACGACAGAAAACUCUACGAUUCUCAGACACUGUGGUACUGUUUUCAUCGAUUAAGCCGCGUCGCAUGCAAUCUUGUAUUUCACAGUCUCUGGCUGGCUGCCGGGCGUUUGUUUGUUCCUCCUCAAGAUUCGAUGUCACAUAAUUCCAUCAAGAACAAUGACUCGAGAUUACAGAAGCACAAAGGAUCUCUAUCCGAUAUUGACGCCGGUUAUUUAAUGUCGAUCUGCAUGCAUGCAUUGGUAGCCGCAGCUCCAGCUGUUCAAGAUUCGAGAACACUAUAUGAGAUGUCCCGCGUCCGCUCAAAUGGAUUGACACUCGCCGGCCGGAGCGCCAUGGCUCGGCAAUCUUCGUCUCGAUGUUUAGAUUAUGACGAUGCAUUCUCAAACGACUUGGCUAUCAGACUUGCGCGUAGGCUAUUUUGCGCCAUUACAGCCAGACGGUACUUUUCUAACAAGAUGGACAAUGCUGGCCCCUUGAAUGAGACCGAAAACAACAAGGUCGAUAUUUUGCAAUCUUUAGUUGACCAGCUCGAUUUUCUCAGUACAGGCUCAGCGACGAUUCUGGAGUUCCCGCAAUCAGAGCGUCUGUUGCAUGAGACUCGUGUGCCAACCAUUCUUCUGGAUUGGGCACGCACCAUAUUGCUCAACGAAUGGGACGGUCGAGCCGAUUUUGAUAUGGAUGGGCCAUUCGGAGGAGCUUUAUCGUUCAUCGAGACCCUACGUAUGUGCAUGCUCCUCUUAGCCAAUCAACAGAAUUUGAUCUCACUAACUUCUCCAAGAUGCCAACCGAAAUCUUCUCCUUCUAGGGGAUAUCCAAUUUCGGGUCGAUUAUCUUUCAGAGCGCUUGGAUUCGAUCGAGAUGCCUGUGGACUGGUUAACGUUCAGUUCGACACGCUGGCGACGACAUAUCCUAGACUACCCUUACAUCUUCAGUCCCGACACGCUUGUUUCUUUCUUUCGUUCCAUCAAUUUUGCCCGGAUGAGUCGUAUGUUCGAAGAGUCGAGUUCAUUAAAAACUCGCAUGAGUGCUAUUGUCGAUCCCGGUAGUCUCAUUACUAACCCCCACCACAAGAUGGUUUUACAAGAUCUUUUGAGAACAGCUUCAUCCAAAUACCUAGUUCUUGAAAUCGGCAGGAGUAACGUCGCCCGAGAUGCUUUCGACCAGCUUUGGAGACGAGAGAAACGAGAGCUUCUUCGCCCGCUGAAGGUGCACUUGGGUGAGAAUAGUGGCGAAGAGGGUUUUGAUUCUGGAGGUGUUCAACAAGAGUUUUUCCGAUUGGCAAUUGCUGAGUGCCUCGAUCCCCAAUAUGGUGCUUUCACUGUUGACGAACGGACACGCAUGGCCUGGUUCACCCCUGGGUCAUUGACCGAAGAUUGGAAGUACGAACUUGUGGGGCUUCUGAUGUCGCUCGCCUUGUACAAUGGCCUAACGCUGCCAAUCACUUUUCCGAAGGCUCUUUACCGGAAACUACUGGGCAAACCGGUUGAAGAGCUUCAUCACAUCGCCGAUGGCUGGCCAGAUUUGGCAAGCGGGCUGACAACAUUACUGGAGUGGGACGAAAAAGAUGGCCUCGUUGAGGACAUUUUUGCCCGCACGUACGAAUUUUCAGUUGAAUCGCUCGGUACCGUUGUGACACGAGAUAUGAGGAUGGGCGAACAAGCGAGUUGGCCCAAGGCGGCCUCAAGCUCGUGUGAUAUUGCACCACCACACAUGGAUAACCCAGACGACGCUCCCCUUGUUACCAACGAAAAUCGGGACGACUAUAUCAUCGAUUACAUCCGUCACCUCACGGAUGUUUCCAUUCGGCGGCAGUAUCUUGCUUUCGAGCAAGGGUUCAACUCUUGCCUCGAUAAGAAGUCACUUUCACUCCUGAGUCCAUCUACCUUGCAGUCACUCGUUGAGGGUGUUCAAGAAAUCGACAUCAUCGAAUUGAAGCGGUACGCGCGCUACGUGGGCUGGGAUGCUUCGCAUCGUACCAUUAAAGACUUCUGGUCCAUCGUCAAGAGGUACGACGAGAGAAUGAAACAACGCCUUCUGGAAUUUGUGACAUCGUCCGACCGCGUUCCUGUCGGCGGCAUGAAGAACCUCCAAUUUGUGAUACAAAAGAAUGGUGAAGAAGACGGCACGGGUGGGCAUUUACCGACAGCAUAUACCUGUUAUGGCACACUUCUUCUACCAGAGUAUAGAGAUAAAGAGGUGUUAAGAGAGCGGCUUGGGAUGGCACUUGAGAAUGCUCAAGGAUUUGGCUUUGCUUAAUGAGGCGUUUUUCAUGGGAUAAGGUAUGGAAUCAGUUGUAUUAAACUUUGCAUGGGUAGCGACCAGAUUCUGUACGCUUAGUAGGCAACUGGAGAGAAAGCGCGAGUGACUUGCAAAAUAGCAUAUGAAAGCGUCUAAUGAUAAUGCUCAGUUUCAAGCAAUGUGCUAGAACUUGCCAGGAUAAGCAGUAUGCUUUAAACAAGAUCAUCAAAUAGGUAUUCGUCUGCUAAUCUCGCAUUUGCCUAACAUUUAGGUUGAUCCUCUUGUUUUUCAUCCAUCCUCGCCAGUCCGCAAACUUCUCAUCGUCACGGGCUGGCCAAUCUUCAAGAUACCUUGGGCAUGUAUCCUUCAGCACUUUAGGCACUCCAUGCCAGGCAUAUCUCGACUCCUGUGUCAUAUAGAUGGCAUCACCAGAUCUGAGCCUCAACAGUAGAUACUGUUUCUCGCCUGGUGUUUCAUUCUGAGGCCCUUUUUCAAGGUCAUUCGGUGCAAUCAUAAAGAGUCCAUCACAGCCAAAACUCAAACUGAUAAGUCCCUUGUCUGUCUCCUCGCUGACAUCUCGGUGCAUCAUCAUAGUAUCGCCUGGCGUGUAGAAGUUGAGGAUGGCUGCUUGGGCAACAGUUUCGGGGAACAGGUCCUCAAGUAAGUGUGAGAUAUCAUCUGGAAACUGAGGGGGCAAUUCCUCGGGGUAAACACGAUUGGUCCAGUCGUACUGGCCCCCAAGCGUCACCCAGUGCAGUUUUCGCUGCAUCACCUGCUUGAUUGACAGUGGCUUAUGAACGCUGGGGUCCUUCGGGAGAAAUGAUGCCGGUGAUUCUGGACUGAUAGAGAAGAAUGACCGUUCAUCGUCGUCCUUCCCUUCUGGGUAUGGAAGGUUGUAGUGUAGAUGUAGAUUGGUCU